AUCAGUAUUUUAUAUGCUCCAGUAUGUAUUGAUAUGCUCAGUGGAAUGAAAUAACAGAAUUAAAAUAAUCUUAAUAGAGGUAAUAUAAUGUCGCCAGUGAAUGAACGUCUAGCAGACCAUGUAAACAGUGCUGCCUGGUGCCACCAUGGACAAAUAUACUCUGCAUUCUUCCUAGUAACUGCCAAGCAUAUGGUACGAUAUUACUGAAGAUGAAGAUGACGCAUUCAAGGUGGGCAAUGCUGGCUCCUGGGCUGGGGACAAUUAUUGUGAUGCUGACUGGGCAUGCUUGUGCUGCCACCAUGAUCACCCGGACUAACAUACCCAGAGACACGUGUGACCAUUCUGCUCUCUUAAAUUGGGAAGUGAUCCCCUCCAGAGACACUUAUAAAAUUGGAGAAAUUGUGAAGGUUCGAUGUUCUGAUGGGUAUGUCUCCCUGGAUGAGUCACAUAUGCAUUGCACUUCAGAUGGUACGUGGAAAACUGCUUCUGGCCUCUCUGCUAUUCCAGAAUGUAAAGUUCUGAUGUGCGAGCCUCCGGCCAACAUUCCUCACGGCUCUGUGCAAGUCAUGGAACAUGGAAACCUUUUACUUGGCUCCCAGCAUCAGAACUAUAAUGGAGUAGAUCGCUUUCCAGAGGGCAGUGUAGCUGAGUAUUCAUGCAAUAAUGGCUAUUGGCUCCAUUCUUCAUCCCGUGCAAGUCACACUUGCCGUCGAGGAUCAUGGAUUGGUGACCUGCCAGAGUGUGUAAGCCAAGGCUGCAUGACACCCGAGUCAGUGAUGAAUGGGUACUACAUCGAGGUGACAGGCUCAUCUGAUCUGCAGUACCCACCUGGAGCCAGACAACAAUUUGUAUGUCACACUGGCUAUGUUCUCCAUGGGCCUGAUCUCUAUGUUUGUAACAAAGGUGGUGAAUGGGUCCCACGAAGACAGCCACACUGCGAACCAUCUAAACAACUCAUUGGUUCAGAACUGUGCCCUGUACCUCCUGAGGUUAUGCACACAGUUCAGAAACUUGUACGUGGUGUGGUGACUGCCCGGGGAGUCGUGCAUGGUACCACAGUUGAGUACAGGUGUCGUGCAGGCUACAGGAAUGUCUUGGCUCCAUGUGUGGCCCAUUCUCUCACUUGCCAUGAGGGACAGUGGCACGGCACUUCUCCUGAAUGUGAGGAAUUCAACAGUUGUGUGGCACCCCCAAACAUCGCACACGGCUUCAUGUAUGAUGGAGCGUCUUCAUACCCACUACAGUCACAGGUGUACUUUUCGUGCGAGCCAGGAUACCGACUGGUAGGCCCGUCUGUAUUGACAUGCGAAGACACUGGUUGCUGGACCCCACGGAUGCCUCCUGUGUGUCAUCUCUCACAUCAGUAUGAAGAUGAUAUUCAGAGUGAGAAAUCUGUGCUUGAUAUGCACACUAUCCUCGUGGCAACCACUGGCAGUGUCAUCGGCAUCUUGCUUAUUGUCCUUGCUCUUAUAUUGUACCAGAGAGCUGUAAGUCCCAAGCUGGUACGCCUGCACAAUAGUGGAAGUGGGGGCGAUUUGCCACCAGUCCAGCACAACUGUCCCUCUAAUACAUCCCAGCCGCAGCCUGAGCACGACCCUGACAGAGUUGCUCUCAUUGCCUUCCCCGAUGAGGGUGUCCCACCUACUUAUGAGGAGGCUGUACGACACAGACCAGCAAUUAUGUUCGAGCCUCAUGGAUCAAAUGCAGGAGGUCGCUUCACUCCUCACAACCAUCGAAGCAGAGGACAUAGAGUAGUGGUGCCUGGGGUACGACGAUCACGCCACAGAGACAAUCCGGAUAACAUUUCUUAUCAGUCUAUUGGAUCGGCUCGCCAAUCUUCCAGCACUUCACGCUCUAUGAGCAUGCGUAGCUGGUCUGCCUGUGACAGCCUUGGCUCAACAGACACUGUUGCAGUGAGCGACUCCACCAAUGUGACAGUGGAUACCCAAAGCUCUGGUGGAACAAGCAGCGGCACCUCACAAGCUCCCUCGUGUCGUGCCUUGGCUGGCUCACUAGCAUCAUUUGACACGUCUUCUCUGGUUAAUAAUGAGGGAGCCCCUCUGCUUGAAGAAGCCGAAGGUGAUGAUGGGUGUGACCAACAUCGCACAGAGGACCAGUUCUCACUCUCUACCCGAGAUUCAGACAGUUUGAAGGAUAAUGUGUCACACACACGGUCUGUCACCGUCAGCCUACAAGAGUGAUGCACACUCGCACCUCCUGGUGUGUCUAUGUUGUCUUGUUGAGUGACGUUGUAUUUGUCAAAUAAUAUUGUACAGUAAAGGGUCAUUUAUCAACUUUGCAAUACAGUGCAGUAUUCACUGUGCCUUUAAUUAGUGAGAAAAAUUACUUAAUAUAUCAAUGAUCCACUUAGUGGAAAGUUAAAGCAGUUUUCAUAAUUUUUGGAUAAAAAAGGGUUUAAUAAACCUCUUGACACUACUGUAAUGCUCAGGCAAGCACACUGUCCAGAAGUCUUUUUAGAAAGUUAUUACUGCUUUUAUUUUAGACAUAACUUGUUCAGUUUAAAUUUGAAAAGUUCUAUAGGUAAAGGCUUGUAAAUGAUGUAAUAAUCAUCUACAGUUAAAAGACAUUACUGUAGAUAUUAAGCAUCAUGUAAUGACAGAUCACAGAGCCUAUGACAAAGGUGAGUGCAAGGCAGAUUUAAAGCUUGCCUAAUUAAGCUUAGUGGCUGGGAGAUGACCUUUCCAGAUUAACAACCAUUUAUUAUUUUUAUUGCCUUCUAAAAACAAAAUUUAAAAAAAAAAAUGUUUAUUAUGUAAAAGAAAAUAUAUUACUCUGAGGUAUCCUUUUAUGAUAGCAGCACUAUCAUCAGUACUUUUAGAAGUUGGAAUACCUAAAAGCUCCUAAGUAUAGUGACUUACAUUGUUACUGUCAAGAUAUUGACUAACAAUAAUAAUUCAAGUAAUUAUAAGUGUAACGGCCACUGUUUUGGGAAAAUCUGUAUAGUACUUGAGUUACAGUUUUCAUACAAGGAAAUAGUUAAUGUAUUAAAUUUGCUUUACUUGUCACACAAAAGGUCAAGUCAUUGUACUUGGGCAUAAUAAACAACGGGUAAAAAUAAUGUCCUCAGGGCUGACCAUUUUACAAGAUAUUAACUUAAGGACACAAUUUUUCUCUUUAAGGCUAAGGAAUCACUACUGCUAAAAAGUCUGGCAACAAAUCAACAUUUUAUGGCCACAGCACAAAUAAUAUGGUAAGCUUGUGAAGCCUUCAGUUACCUGUAUUAUGCUCACUGUGCUUCAAAUUGUCCUUUAUACUUGUGUGCAUUACUUCUUUUAAAAUGCCAGUCUUAAAAAUUGCUGAUAAGAGGCUCUUUACUGUUUAAAGUAUCAUAUUAGGUUACAAAAACAUGUUACAAAGUCUAGAGAAAUUGCGUGUAGAAUAUAUAUUUCUGUGUUUGGACUCUGAUAAAUGCACAGAAAUAACACCCUGUCAGAAUAUCUCUAAUUACACCAGUAUUUAGAUUUUCCUACCAUUUUAAGCUGGCUUUGCCCUUUUUUGCCUUUCAUUUUCUCUGGAUUGCCUAUUUUUGUUGUUAUUGGUUUAUUUUUCAGUAGUAACAGUCAGUCUACAAUUGUUGUUCCUUGUUAUGAAAAAAUCAGGUUUUGAAAGUAUGAAUAACUAAUAUCUUUCCCUUGGGGAUAUGAUAUGCCUAUCUGUACCUAUUACUCAACUUCAGUAGCUCUGUUAUGCUACUUGUUCAUCCCAGCUCUAAUGACCACUGCUAGAAUGAGGUUACCUGCAUGUAUUAGCUAAGUUGGCAAGAUAUACAACAAUCUAGUCAAUAUUAGUAAACAUAUCAACUGGCAGAGGUAGAAAUGUGUGCCUCAUGGUCACAACAACAUAUUUUCAUACUUCAAAACUUAAUGUUCUUUCACUGGAUGAUGAGAGGACCCACUUUGGAAUCGUAUCACCAAUAUCCAUAAUGAAAGUGAUGACUGGUAAGUGGCAAAAAUUCCAAGCUGGCACAAACCUGAGCUGUGUAAGAAUGGUUUCAUGAGCACUAGAGAAAGUGCUGGAAUUUGGUGUGAAAGAGGAUCUCUGUAUUUGGCCAAUGGCUUAGGCAGCACUGGAACAUCAUAAAUCAAGACAUCCUGAAAGGUCAGAAGACCAUCUUUGCAGACACACACACAGGUACCCAGCAAACAGCAAGCAAGCAGUUCUUUCAGGUAUACAGAAGUAAAAUUAGGAGUAAGAUAGGCCCACUUAAGAGCAACUCAGGUCAGAUCACUGACAGUGAUAAGGAAAUGUGUGAACUUCUCAACACUUACUUGGUCUCAGUUUUUACUCAGGAAGAUACUAGUGAAAUUCCAGAAAUAAUGAAUUAUGUAGAACAGGAUGAUAAACUAUGCAUGAUUGGGGUAACUAGUGACAUGGUCCUCAGACAAAUAGAGAAAUUAAAACCUAACAAAUCCCCAGGCCCCGAUGAACUAUUUGCAAGGGUUUUAAAGGAAUGGAAAGAGGAACUUGGCAUACUCUUGUCUAAUCUAUUCAAUAUAUCACUACAAACUGGCAUAGUACCAGACAGGUGGAAAAUGGCAAAUGUAAUACCUAUUUACAGGGCAGGUGACAGAUCCUUAGCUUCAAACUAUAGACCAAUAAGCCUUACCUUUAUAGUGGGAUAAUUUAUGGAAUCAGUAAUUGCCAAGGCAAUUCGUAGCUAUCUUGAAAGGCAUAAAUUGAUUAAUGAAUCUCAGCACGAAUUUGCUAACCUUUUUCACUUAGAUAUUUGAGGAGGUAGAUCAUGGUAUCGAAUAUGAUAUUGUGUAUAUGGACUUCAGUAAGGCUUUAGAUAGAGUUCCACAUCAGAGGCUAUUGAGGAAACUUAAGGCACACAAAAUAGGAGAAAUUUUUUCCUGGGUAGAGGCAUGGCUGAUAAAUAGGCAGCAGAGAGUUUGCAUAAAUGGGGAGAAAUCAGAAUGGGGGCAAGUCACAAGUGGUGUUCCACAGGGGUCAGUGUUGGGCUCCUUGUUGUUCACAAUUUACAUAAACGACAUAGAUGAGGGAAUAAAUAGCAACAUAAGCAAAUUUCCUCAUGCCACCAAAUUAGGCUGUCCAAUUCAUUCUAACGAGGACAUUAGAGCACCCCAGGAUAAUUUGAAUAGACUGAUGCAGUGGUCGGAGAAGUGGCAGAUGCAGUUUAACAUAGACAAAUGCAAAGUUCUAAAUGUUGGACAGGACAAUAACCAUGCCACAUAUAAACUAAAUAAUGUAGAUCUUAAUAUUACUGAUUGUGAAAAGGAUUUAGGAGUUCUGGUUAGCAAUAAUCUGAAACCAAGACAACAGUGCAUAAGUGUUUGCAAUAAAGUUAAAUCCUUGGCUUCAUAUCAAGAAGUAUAAAUAAUAGUAGUCCUCAGGUUGUUCUUCAACUAUAUAUAUCUUUGGUUAGGCCUCAUUUAGAUUAUGCUGCACAGUUCUGGUCACCGUAUUACAGAAUGGAUAUAAAUGCACUGGAAAACUUACAAAGGAGGAUGACAAAGUUGAUCCCAUGUAACAGAAAUCUUCCCUAUGAGGACAGACUGAGGGCCCUGAAUCUGCACUCUCUAGAAAGGCAUAGAAUUAAGGGGGAUAUGAUUGAGGUGUAUAAAUGGAAAAUGGGAAUAUAUAAAGGGGAUGUAAAUAGUGUUCUAAAAAUAUCUAGCUUGGACAGGACUCUCAGCAGUGGCUUUAAGUUGGAAAAAUUCAGAUUCAGGAAGGAUAUAGGAAAGCAAUGGUUUGGUAAUAGAGUUGUGGAUGAGUGGAACAAACUCCUGAGUACCAUCAUAGAAGCUAAGACGUUGUGUAGUUUUAAAAAUAGAUUACAUUAAUACAUGAGUGGGUGUGAGUUGGACCUGACUAGCUUGUGCUACUAGGUCAGAUGCCAUGGUCUUUCCUUAAGUGAAUGUGACCUGACCUGACUAGGUUAGGGCAUUGGCUUUGGUCGGAGGAUUGGACCUGCCUUGCAUGAACAAGUAGGCCUGCUGCAGUGUUCCCUCUUUCUUAUGUUCUUAUAUGAUGCUCCAGGAAGUGGUAUAACAUUCAGAAAACAAAGAGUGAACAUGUCAUCCAAUCAUUUCAUGCUGGGCAGUAUAGCUGGAAAUGAAGCCACUACAACAGAAGCAUAUGGAGGAGAGAGGCCAUCUUUAAUAAUUAACAACAGUGGGAGGCAGGACCCAGUGGGAUGCAGAGCUGGAAUGCAAGGACCUGAAACUGGCUUCAAGUCAUGAGACAAGGAUUGGCUAAUGCUAUGUGUAUACAAGAAAUUAACAGCAACAUGCCAGCAUCACACGGCACAAUAGUGGGCAUACAAUGGCAUGUUAUGCCAUGUACAUGUACCAAUGAACACUUCUUCUUUCAAUGCACCAGCCAUAUCCUACUGAGGUGGGGUGGCCCAAAAGGAAAAAAAAAAAUUUUGCCUUUUAAAUUUAGUAAUAUAUACAGGAGAAGGGGUUACUAGCCCUUUGCUCCCGGCAUUUUAGUAGCCUCUUAUGACACGCAUGGCUUAUGGAGGAAGAAUUCUAUUCCACUUCCCCAUGGAGAUAAGAGGAAAUAGACAAGAGCAAGAACUAGAAAGAAAAUAGAAGAAAACCCAGAGGGGUAUGUGUAUAUAUGCUUGUACAUGUAUGUGCAGUGUGACCUAAGUGUAAGUAGAAGUAGCAAGACGUACCUAAAAUCUUGCAUGUUUAUGAAACAGAAAAAAGGACACCAGCAACCCUACCAUCAUGUAAAACAAUUACAGGCUUUCGUUUUACACUCACUUGGCAGGACGGUGGUACCUCCCUGGGCGGUUGCUGUCUACCAGCCUACUACCUAUAACCAAUGAACACAUGGCACAAUAAGUCCCACAUAAGGACUGCUUAUAUUCACAUGUAAGAAAUGAACAUGGUAUAGGAUCAGAGUCAGCUUGCAUGAUCCAUACAAAGGGCUGUGUGUGCCAUGCAUUAGUACCAUACAGCACAACAGUGACCACUUAUGCUGUGCACAUGUAACUAAUAAACAGUGUAGAAUAAUAGUUAACUGGUACCUUGCAGCAACAAUAAGUGCCAGUGUUUUGUGUGCAUUUGCUUUUGUGUUUACAGAUGUCGCUCCAAACAGCAAAUAUCCCAGACCCCUCAUUUAACCCUUAAACUGUCCAAACGUAGAUCUACGUUUUUUCAACAUCUUAAAGUAUGUAAAAAAACAUAGAUCCUCUUUUUUUUUUACAUUUGAAAAUGAGUAAAAAAAACUUUGAUCUAUUUUUUUUUUUUUGUUAUAUUUGAAAAUAUGUAAAAAAACAUAGAUCUACUUUUGGAGCACUACGCAUGUGAAUGCAAAUUUGUUUGAACAGUUGAAGGGUUAAAGUGUAGGUACUGUACUUCCCACCUCCAGAACUCAAGUCCAGAGUGUUGGAGUGUGAGUAGGGUAAUAUUUUGUGUGGACUGGAGUCCUGUAGGUGAUAAGUACAAUGCCUGCAUAUUACAGGAGGGGUUUGGGAUAUUGAUUGUUUGGAGUGACACUUGAACUGUCGUAUCUGGGCACCUCUGCAAAGACAGUGAUUAUGUGUGAAUGAUGGUGAAAGUGUUCCUUUCUAUUUUGGGUCACCCUGCCUCAACGGGAGACGACCAACGUGUUGAAAAAAUAUAUAUACAGUCAUACCCUGCCCUACGUCAUUAAUUGGUUCUAAGAGCCAUGAUGUAAACUGGACAUAAUGCCUUAAAAUGACAACAGACACUGCAAAACUAGCAUAAACAAUUGGUGAAAGAAUGUAACUAUCACUUAAUCUUAAAGAACACUAAAAACACAUUUUAAGUCAUAUUUUUUAAAGAAUAAUGAACACAAAAAAUUAUUUUAUAAACCUUGUUAUUUCCCUUAAAAAUGCCUUAAGUAUGAUGAAAAACACCUUACAGUUAUUGUAAAGAAUAUGUAAAAGAAUAUAACUCUUGUUAAGGCAUUAAAAAGUACCUUUUA